ACAUAUAUAUUUUUAUGUAUAGUAUUCUAUAGUGAGAUAAACGUUUUUUUAACUACAGGUUAUCCCGUUAAACAUGGUUAUUGAGAGAGGACUUGAAUAUCGUCUUUGAUUUCCCAUAAUUGAUAAAUGAAAUAAAGUGCAUCAAAAAAAGUCUAAUGAGCUUUCCAAAAUGAGGUUUACUAUCUUUGUAUCUUUGAAAUUGACGGAGAUAUUAAAGAUUUCAUAUUAAUUUUGAGGGUAAAAAAAUGUCAGACCACAUUUAGGAAAUUCCGAGACUUGUAGUUUUCAGUGAACAAUGUUUCAACAGUGAUGCGUAGACUUAUAGACGUUUGUAUACAAAUUUAUAUAUGGCUGCAUAUAUAUAGCAUGCAUAUAGUUGGUUCAGGUUGCGGUCAGGAGGUAGAGCCACCCUUCUCUAGGGGUCAAUCUAGCCUGGUCAACAUUCAGGUAUCAGACCCUUUGCUUGGUUUAGUAAAGAGAAGUUUUCGACUUCAUAUUCCUCUUCAAUACAACAAGGAUGUUCCAACCCCCUUGGUCUUAGACUUUCAUGGAGUGGGUGGUAACUCCCUUUUUCAAGAAAAGGAUUCAAACUUUACAGUUGUAGCUGAUGAGGACCCAGAUGGGUUCAUUGUUAUUACCCCAAAUGGAAUGACUGAUACUAUGGCUGGAAAAGGAUCAAGGACAUUUAAUUGUUCUAAAUCUGUUGGACCCCAGGGGAGCAUUUGUGAUACCAACAGGACAAAGUAUGAACAACAAUUUCCUAUUAUUGCUGAAAUUUAUGAGAUAGUGACUUAGUGCUAAAAAUCUAAAAUGUCAAGAUUAUUAAUGAGAAAAAAUAAUAAGAAAUAAAUCGAAUAAAACAAGUGUUUGAAAAU